AUGACGAAUUACAGAACAUCAAUUUUUGUGGUACUAAGUCUGAUAAUAUUUCUCAACGGGCAGAGCAUUUUUGUUGCACGAGCCGUAGCUGAGAGCAAGGUUCAUAUAGUAUAUUUGGGUGAAAAACAACAUGAUGAUCCUGAGUUUGUCACAGAAUCUCACCAUCAGAUGUUAUGUUCACUUCUUGGAAGUAAAGAGGAUGCCCAUGGUUCAAUGGUAUACAGUUACCGACAUGGCUUCUCAGGUUUUGCAGCCAAGCUUACCAAGUCCCAAGCCAAGAAAAUAGCAGAUUUGCCUGAAGUUGUGCAUGUCAUACCGGAUAAUUUCUACAAGCUUAAAACAACUCGGACUUGGGACUACUUAGGCCUUUCUGUCUCUAGUCCGAAGAAUCUAUUAAAUGAAACUAACAUGGGUGAACAAAUUAUCAUCGGCAUUAUUGACACAGGUAUGACUGUUUCUAUUUACAUUUCUUCUCUGAUUAUUAUUACAGAUUUCUCUAAAUUUGAGUAUGGCCACUGGAAAGGAGGCUGUCAAUCAGGAGAAAUGUUCAACUCCUCUCACUGCAAUAAAAAGCUCAUAGGAGCAAAGUAUUUCAUCAAUGGCUUUCUCGAAGAGAACAAAAGCUUCAACUCCACAGAAUCACUUGACUUCAUUUCCCCUAGAGACCUUAAUGGUCAUGGCACGCAUGUUUCCACCAUCGCGGCAGGUUCUUACGUGCAUGACAUAAGCUACAAGGGCCUAGCUGGAGGGACUGUGAGAGGUGGGGCACCAAAUGCUCGUAUAGCAAUGUACAAAGGUUGUUGGUAUCUGGAUAAUUUAGACAUAACUACUUGUUCAUCCGCUGACAUUUUGAAAGCUAUCGACGAGGCAAUUCAUGACGGGGUUGAUGUUUUGUCUCUCUCUCUUGGCUCUGUGGUUCCUCUGCAUGGAGAAACUGAUAUCCGCGAUGGGAUAUCAACCGGAGCCUUCCAUGCAGUCUUAAAGGGUAUUACUGUUGUUUGUGCAGGUGGUAACUCUGGCCCAGAGGCUCAAACCGUGACAAACACGGCGCCUUGGAUCAUCACUGUCGCUGCAACUACUCUAGACCGGUCCUUUCCCACUCCUAUUACCCUUGGAAACAAUAAAGUCAUACUGGUAACUUUAUUGCACUGUCAAAUUAUAUGUUUUCUCAACAAAUUCUAUAAAAUAUAUUUUGAUGAUAUGUUGUGUUUCAAAAAAAAAAGUGUUUCAAAUAAAAAUUUUGAUGAUAUGUGUCUUAUUUUGAGUUUGGUCACUAUCUUGCAGGGUCAAGCAAUGUACACAGGUCCAGAGCUUGGCUUCACUAAUUUGGUUUACCCUGAGAGUCCAGGGAUUAGCAAAGAAACCUUUAGUGGCACUUGUGAGGAUCUUUCCUUGAAUUCUAAUCUUACAAUGAUGGGGAAAGUCGUCUUGUGUUUCACAACAUCAUCUUCUAGUGGUUCUGCAUCAAGUGCUGCAGAUUCUGUUAAGAAAGCUGGUGGUCUAGGUGUAAUCAUAGCAAAACACCCAGGCUCUGAUCUCGAACCAUGUUUAGAUGAUUUCCCUUGUGUUUCUGUUGACUACGAGCUUGGGACAGUUAUACUUCUCUAUAUACGUUCCACAGGAUCUCCUGUUUUGAAAAUAGGACAAUCUAGAACACUUGUAGGACAGCCCGUUGGUACAAAGGUGGCAACUUUCUCGUCAAGAGGACCUAAUUCAAUUGCCCCUGCUAUUCUCAAACCGGAUAUAGCAGCACCAGGAGCUACCAUAUUGGCUGCUACAACAACCAAUACCACCUUAAACGACGGAGGAUUCAUUAUGCUGUCAGGAACAUCAAUGGCAACUCCUGUUAUUUCAGGAGUUGUUGCACUUCUUAAAGCUCUCCAUCCUGAUUGGUCUCCCGCUGCCAUUAGAUCAGCUAUUGUCACAACAGCUUGGAGAACAGAUCCAUCUGGAGAGCAGAUUGAUGCAGAAGGGUCGUCUAGGAAGCUAGCUGAUCCGUUUGACUAUGGUGGAGGCCUUGUGAAUCCAGAGAAAGCUGUAAACCCAGGUCUUGUAUAUGACUUGGGCCUCGAAGAUUAUGUUCUCUACAUGUGCUCUGUUGGCUACAACGACUCAUCAAUCUCUCAGCUUGUCGGUAAAAGUACAACCUGUUCAAAUCCUAGACCAUCGGUUCUUGAUUUGAACUUACCUUCCAUCACAAUUCCAAACCUCAAAGAAGAAGUCACUCUCACAAGAACGGUCACUAAUGUUGGACCGGUCAACUCGGUCUAUAAAGUAAACGUCGAGCCACCAUUGGGAGUUCAAGUGACGGUGAUGCCAAAGAAGUUAAUAUUCAACUCUAAAACCAAAAUGAUCUCUUAUCAAGUCACGGUCUCGACCAGCCACAAAAUCAACACUGGUUUUUAUUUUGGAAGCUUGACGUGGAGUGACUCUGUGCAUAACGUUAUAAUCCCUUUGUCAGUGAGAACGCAAAUUCUGCAGAAUUACUAUGAUGAGAAUUGA